AUGGGACAGUUUGAUAAUGAAGGCGAAAAAGAAUACUCAGUUGCAGAACGAAGACAUUUAAGGUGGAUUCCUCCUCCUCCUUCUUCUCCUCCUCCUUCUCCUCCUCCUCCUCUCUUCCCAAAACUUUUGACGUCUCAUUUAGCUCUUAUUGCUCUAGAAAACUCGGAAAAGGGAUAUAUUAUAGGAACUAUAAUGAAAUCUGUUAACGAAUACAAUAGGUCCCAUCCAAAUGAACAAGAAAUCACACAUAAAUAUUGGGGAUCUCUAUUAGGGAUUUUCAUGGAUCAAAGCAACACAUCGAAGAUUUCCGGAGCUUUUGUGAUAUUUGGCACUAAAUCGAUGUUUAUUUAUUAUGAAAUCAUGCUACAUUGA